GUCCUGCCCAGAGCAGGAAGCCAAAGCCAGGCCCGGCCUGAGCCAGCGGGGGCCGGCGCUUAGUCGGCCGAAGGUCACCCUAGGCCGGCCCUCCCUCGUCUGGGGAGGGAGACUACUGAGCCUUUGGGCCGCGGCCAGAGCUGAGCAGAGACUGGGCCAAGAACCCGGGGUUUGGAACCCAGCCGGGCUCCCACCCCGCCCCCAGCUCCCUGGGGGGUGCCGGCCUCCGACCCUCCCCUGCGGGGGGCCUGCCCCGCGCUCGCUCCCGCGGGCUCGCUCCCGCCGCUGGGGCGGCGCACGCUCGUGCACGUCCAGCCCAGAACCCGGAGGAAGAAGAAGAGGAGGAGGAGGAGGAAGGGCCAGGUCCGGGAAAUCGGCUCCGAGAGUUGGGCGGGAGUCCCGGCGGUGCACACGCACGCGGCCGCGAGCCGCCGGGGCCAGCAGGAUGAAAGAGGUGGAGAAGCUGGAAAGCGUCCGAGAAGACUGGGUCUGUGACUCUACAGCUGAAGACCAGAGCCUCCAUGGUGGCACCACCAAGAACUGCGAGCUCUUCUUUGACAGCCUCUUGGAGGAAGCACAGAAAGUUGGCACCGAGUGUUUGCCCUCAGCUGACAGAAGACAAGCUGACAUGAGCAUUAAGCUGUGGAAGAACGGCUUCACCGUGAAUGACGAGUUCCGCAGUUACAAGGACGGGGCCAGCCAGCAGUUCCUCGAUGCCGUCAGAAAGGGGGAGCUGCCGUCCGAGCUACAGGGGAUGUUUGAUAAGGAGGAGGUGAACGUGAAGGUGGAGGAUAAGAAGAAGGAGGUGUAUGUGUCCAGGAAGCCGGCCUUCCAGCCCUUCUCUGGGCCGGGCCACCGGCUGGGAAGCGCUACCCCAAGAAUAGUGUCCAAGGCCAGCAGCGGGGACGCUGAGGACCCAAACACUCUGCACUCCGUCCCCUUGGACCCCUCGGAGCCCAUCACCAGCGUCCGGAUCUGGCUCGCCGACGGGAAAAGGCUCGUGCAGAGGUUCAAUGUGUCUCACAGGGUGCGCCACGUCCGAGACUUCAUCCGGAAACACGAAGGCCCCCAGAGGAGUCGGCCCUUCACUCUGGUCACUGCUCUUCCUGUGCUCAAGCUACUGGAUGACACCCUCACCCUAGAGGAGGCAGACCUGCACGACUCGGUGGUGAUCCAGAGGUGGCAGACCGCCCAGGCGGCUCUCCCAGGCCUGUCCUAGCCCUGACCCUGGACAUCCGACCCCGAGUGGCCCCUCGAGGAAGGCUUUGGGGGUGCUGGGGGCCGGAUGGGGAGGCAUAACCCUAAAUCCAGACCACAAGCAUUGCCCAGUGGUUGGGCCCUUCUGCACUGACCUCUGGGGCAGAUGCUACUGCUUUCUUCAGAGGAGACCCAGGCAGCAUGAGCCAGCUGCCUUCUGGGCUUCUUUUCCUCCCCAGGACUGCAGGUGGGAGCCAGGUGGUGGGAGCAGUGGGGGGUCACCCUGUGUAUCUUAGAUCUGAUUUGUUCCACAAAGAACAUUUUUAGAAAGUGUAGCUGCUCCCUCCUCUCCUCCCCUGGAGACUCACUGCCAAACAGUGGGAUUGAGCAAAACUCCCUGGGGUGUCUGGCUGGUGUCCCUCCGCCCUCUGGGACCUCAUCUGAGGGCUCUUCAGGGUCCCUCUGUCUGCCUGAGGCAGCUGCUGAGCUCCCUGAGAGCGCUGGCAGGGCUCCUGGGGGGAUGGGAUUAAAUCAGAGGAAGAAAUAGGAAUUGAGCACAGAUAAACAGGCCCUUUGUGGGACUCUGGCUCCAGAGGCCAAGCCUGAGCAUCCCACGUGCAGCCACAUCACGGGCUUCAAUCUGUACGGCUGGGGUCAAGACUCAUAUUUGGACCCCAGGGAAAUGCUGCCAGUAAACCCCACAUCGUUCUGCCCUGUUGCACGUGUAGCACGGCCAGCUGCCCUUCAUCAGAUUUUCUGGGAGCCGUGGCGCCUGGGCCCGCCACCUCCCAGAAACCACCAGGAAAGCACACAUGGCUGCCAGCCACUAUUUGGAAGACAAAGCAACUGGAAAUGGAGGUGACUCCCACCAAACACAGCUAUCCCAGAUCCUGAAGAAGAGGCUUGGGGUGACCUGCAGCUUCAUCGGAGGGCUGGCAUUUCUACCCGUUACAGGACCCUGACAAUUGCUCCCACCCCGCCCAUCAUCUUUAGUCCCACCUUGGCUUGGCAGAACACCUUAGGAAGGAGGAAGAGGCCCCCACCUGCUGCACUCCCUGGGGCAGAAAUCUACCUUUUUGCAACUGUGAAGACUGCUCCUAAUGGGGGUCAUUUCAGAAUCUGUCCUGAGAGUUACAAAUGGUGAACAGAAGACAUUUUCUUAAGGAUAAUUGAGGCAUUAUCCUGACCUUCGACGGAACUUCCACCUCACCUGGAGCAGGACUCGGUGGCAGUGGCUGGGCAUUUCGUGCGGCGUGACAAUGGCCCAGUAGAGCCCCUGCACCAGCGGUUCAGCGAGCGCAUCCUUCAAGCCAGACUGAGCUGACUGCUCACCUCCUGCCGAGCCAGCAGGCCCCUGUCAUGUAUCAGCGCUGCCCCAAGUCUGAUGCCAAGCAGAGGAGCUGGCUUCAGUGCCUUAAAGCAUAUAGGACGACAGUUCACUGCAAAGCGGUGGGGAUUGUUCCCUUAAGUGUGAAAUGGAGUUGGAAAGAAAUUCAUUUGAAAUGAUUUUUGUGUGUUUCUGAGAACCCAGAUUUCCCUUCCCUUUGGCAGUUUGUUCAAUAUAGCAGCUCAGUGUUUUAAAUAAACUUAGAA